AAUUAAGCCAAAAAAACAGCAAAGAGCAUACAAUAUAAUUAUAAUUAUUGUUUGAAAAAUCAAGAAUGUAAUUGCACCACCAGCCACAUGGCUACAGCUGAUUGGGUGGAGGCGGCCCUCCUUACAAGGCCAAUAAUUGAUCAUUCUCCUAAUCCACUCUGGAUUCUUGCUGGCAACCCUCCGCCCCCUCUCCCCUUCAAAAUCCCUUAAACCCUAAUCUUCUCAUAAAAUCACCAACACCUGAAGGCAUUUUUUUCACUACAAUUAAUCCCCAAACUCCAAUGCCCUAGAAAACCCCACUUCAAAAAAUAUGGCAAACAUUCUUCUUCAACAACUUUUCAUUAGCGCCCUUUUCACUCUCUCACUUUCAACUCAUUUCUGUCUCUCAUCCUCUAAACAAUCGGCAACUAUCUACGAUAUCCUUAGAUCAAACGGAUUACCAAUGGGUUUGUUACCGAAAGGCAUCACCAAUUUCACUUUUGACGAUUCGGGUCGGUUUGAGGUUCACUUGGAUCAAGCUUGUAAUUCCAAGUUCGAGAAUGAAUUUCACUACGAUCGGAAUGUUUCCGGCACGUUGACUUAUGGCCAGAUCGACGGAGUCUCGGGUAUUUCAGCCCAGGAUUUGUUCAUGUGGUUUACCGUUAAGGAAAUCCGGGUCGAUAUUCCCAGUACCGGUUUGAUAUAUUUUGAUGUGGGUGUGGUGCAUAAACAGUUUUCUUUGUCGUCGUUUGAUACACCAAGGGAUUGUUUGGUUUCUACUAUAUCUGUUGAUAAUCAGCUCAUCAUUCAAAGUGUGCCUAAGAGGCUAUCAAGAAAACUCCGGACCCCAAAUCACCACCUUCAAGAAGAUUUAAUGGCAGUUUUGUGAAUUUGAAGUUGUUGGCUGCAUAACGAUGAUUAAAUUUAAAAAUGGCACAACAGCUCAAAUCAAGUUAUGGGUAUUUCCGUUCCUUGUAUGUACAUGUUUUUUUUAGAAGAUCCGAAGAUCUUGUGGUGUUCUUGGUUUUGGGUGUUCUUUAUAUAUAUAAUAGUAUAGAGUCUGCAAACAAGUCGCAAAUCGACAUUUUUGAAAGGAUAUGAAGAACACAAUGCAGAAGAAAGUGAAAUUUCAAAGUAUACAUAUUGGAGCAAGGGAUCAAAGGUUGUAUAUCAGGUAUCCACACAAUUGGUUGUUGCUUCAGGUGCAACUCUACUUUCAAAUUAUAUAAAUAAGGGGACGGAAAAGUAUAUUUGAGAUUUUAUUUAGUAAAACAAAUUGCAAUUGAAGUUUAAGUUUAAGUACAAUAACAAUAUUUAUUUAUGUUGUUUUUGUAAUAUCUCACAAUAAAGAUACGUUAACUGGUUUAUGGUCUUGAUAUUCUUAUGUAAAUCUCAUUAUGAUUGUUGUCAAAAGAAAGGAAAUUAUGUACACCAAAAGUAACAAUCGGGUACCAUUAAUGAUUAGCGAUUUAGCAUGCACCACUAACACAUGAUAAUUAGUGUGCUUAAUGUAAUUAUUUAA